CUAUAGUGAUCGAUAUUGUCACGAUACUUAUUAUCAAUUGGGUAUGGUGAUUGGCAAGCACUGAUCUGUAUGCUUGUGCACACACAUGCCAGUCGUUUCUGUUCAACAUGCUAUUAUAAAGUUUUGGAAUUAAUGAACGUGAUUAAAUCGUGAACAUGCACCAUAGAGCCUGUGCAAUUUAAAAAUAUUUUAACGUUCUUAAUACGUAAGUACGAUAGAUGGGAAUACGACGAUUUUUAGGAAGUCUUGUUGUGGGCGUCCCUUUUGGGAUUGUCUUUUUGGACACGGUUGGUUCCAUAUCCAAGGUAGAUGGAAUCUCAAUGUGGCCAACUUUGAACCCAAAUAAAGACAAUACUGAUUACGUUAUUCUGAACCGUUGGGCUGCUAAUAAUCAAGAUAUUAAACGUGGCGAAGUAGUAGCCCUUACGUCGCCAAAACAUCCGGAGCAAACUUUGAUUAAACGUGUCGUAGGAAUUGCCGGUGAUAUUAUACAUACGCAUGGAUAUAAGUUAGAAGUAUUGCAGGUACCGGAAGGUCAUUGUUGGGUAGAAGGAGAUAACAUUAACCGCUCUACGGAUUCUAAUAUUUUUGGACCAGUUUCUAUCGGUUUAAUAACUGCUAAAGCUACUCAUAUAAUAUGGCCACUUAGUAGAUUGCAAUGCCUUCAACCUUCCAUGUUAAAUCAUAGAUUCCCGUUAAAUGUAUCAAAAGCACCAGCUGGAUAA